UAAUAUAUGAAUCGUUUUCACAAAACGCUUGGUUUUCUUACGUGUUAUUGGUUUUCUUACCGUUGUUGUUACUUUAAUCGCAGACGAAGUUUCGCGGUGCUAAUAUGUAGCUGUAGACAGUGUCCUGACCGCUGUCAAGUUAGUCAACAGUGAACACAAGUGUAUAUCUGUACGGACAAAGAUGAACACUGGAGCAGAUCUGGCAACCUUUUCUUAACCCCUUCCCUGGAAGUUGUACCCGCAGUACAAGUCUUAAAACUGGAUUACUCAUUAACUAAGGGCCGAACAGACGUCUUGGUACCAAACCCGGGUCAGAGUUAUCUUUAUAAUUGAUUGAAUCCUUUCAGACUGGUUUCGUCUGGUUGAUGCUUCUCCGACAUUAGCUCAGACUACACGUCAUAUUAGAAUGUUGUGGAUGAACACAGAAUAACAAAGACCGGAGGUCAAAUGUAGUUUUGAUAAGAAGGGGCGGGGUCUAAUUGUCUUAAUCCAAUCAAACGUUAGUUUUCUUCCACCCGCUCAAACUUAAUACAUGAACUAUUGGCUACCGCGGGCAGAUGGAAAGGAGAUCUUCCUGUUGUAAGGCAACAGCCCGACCCACUCCACCACCACACGCCGUCAUACACAUCAGUGUGUACAGAUACUGUAUAUCACUAAAUACCCCAGUUCCUCUUGUUACUGACCUCUAAUAAAAAAGGCAGAAGGUUUGACUGAGAAUGUUUACGAAGCUUUGAUGACAACAAAAACAAAGGAGUCAAAGAACGGCCAUCUUUGGAGUCUGUAAACAACUACGUUUUAGAGGUGGUUGAAACUUUCACACCAGCUCAUGUAAACGUCAUGAAGAGCCUGGGCAGAAACCCAGAGAAAUCAGCCUUGGAAAAUAAUGUGUCAUGAAACCAGUACAUUUGGUCAUGGCUAAACCCAGAAUGUCUUCAAUCGAUGGGAAGCUGGCCGAGGAAUUUGCCGCUCCGUCUCACGUUGGGGAGGUCAAAGAGAAGAUGGCCGCAUUUGCCCAGUGUCACGCUGAAGCCGGUCACAAAGUGGUUCUCAUCACGUCAGGAGGCACUAAAGUUCCUCUGGAGUCUCGCACCGUUCGCUUCCUGGACAACUUCAGCAGCGGCAGACGAGGAGCUUCGUCAGCAGAGUACUUCCUGGACUCAGGAUACGCCGUCGUCUUCCUGCACAGACACCGCUCCCUGUAUCCUUACACCCAUCAUUUCUCAACAGUAGCCAUGAUGGAUGCCUUACAGUUCAGAGGUGAUGAAGCGUCGGGUCACUCUGUGGACGUGCUGGUCGACCAAGAGCAGCUGCCAAACAUUGCCAAAGUUCUGAAGAGGUACCAGGAAGUGAAAGAAAGCGGGCUCCUCCUGCCGGUGGAGUUCAACACUCUGUCAGAGUAUCUGCACCUCCUCAAGGCAGCAGCACAGGCGCUCAGCGGAAUAGGACCAAAGGCCAUGUUUUAUUUGGCUGCAGCUGUGUCUGACUUUUACAUCCCUGCGUCUGAGAUGCCUGAACAUAAAAUCCAAUCCUCUAAUGGUCCUCUUCAACUGAGCCUAAAGAUGGUCCCUAAGGUUCUGUCCCCCCUGGUGAAGGACUGGGCUCCUCAGGCCUUCGUCAUUUCCUUCAAACUGGAGACUGAUCCGUCCAUCCUGCUGCACAAGGCUCGACAGGCUCUGGACACGUACCGGCACCAGGUGGUGGUGGCCAACGUACUGGACUCUCGACGGGGCUACGUGAUGGUGGUGACCCCCGAGACUGAGACUGAGCUCGUCCUCACAGAGGAGCAGACGAAGAACGGGGUGGAGAUCGAGGAGAGGAUCGUGGACAACCUGACGUCUGCGCACGACAAGUUCAUAACUCCACAAACCAGUUGAUGUUUCAGCGGCGCCUCUGACUCCUCCUCCCACCGUGACCUGAAGUAUGGCUGUUAGGAAGUGAAAGACACCUUUUUCUUUCCAGACUCUUUAGUUCUGCAUCAUGAACCAAAUGACUGAACCAUGUCCCAUAAUGCACCGCUGCCUUUCCUGUGGUGUUCUAGGGUUCAGUCUGUAUCCGUGUCUAAAAACCACUCUGAGCUAAAGCUUUUUUCUAUUAUUUUGAUAUGGUUCUCACCACCAGGGGUCGCUCUGCAUUUUGUGGCUGUUAAAAUACAGUCACAAACCAUGACAGAGCCUCCAUGGGCUUUAUUAAAACAUUUAUCAAAAA